AUGGAUGCUAGCAAAGAGAAACCUUCCAUUGAGAACAUUGAGUUCGAAGGUGGCAAAGACAUCAACGACAACAUUCAGCAGGCAAAUGGAGACAUCGUCCUUCUUUCUGGAUCAGAUGAAAUCCGAAAGAUCCCUGUCCCGACAGAUGAUCCCAACGAUCCUUUGAACUUCAGCACCUUGAGAAAAUGGGGAAUUGUCGUCACCUGCUGCUGGUUCUCCAUUUUCUCACUCAUUGCAGUAUCCGGAACUGGAGCUUUUAUGGCCACUCUCUAUGGAAUGUACAUUCCUCAAGGCCAUACUCCAGAAGAGGUCACUGGACUCAGCACUUACUCCACCAUGGUUAUGGCCUUUGGUUGUCUUGGGUUACUACCACUGGCGUUUAUUUUCGGUCGUAGGCCAGUCUUCCUGUUCGCAGUUUUGUUGUGCUUUGUCACAAACAUCACUGCUGCUACAGCCAAGGAUUUCAACGCCCAUCUCAUUAGCCGAAUUUUCCUCGGCAUUGGUACAGGCGCCACCGAGUCGCUGCUUCCCUUGAUCCUCUCAGAUGUCACAUUCCUCCACGAGCGGAGCUUCUACUUUGGCCUGUACUGGUCUGUCCAGAACUGUGUCAAUGCAGGACUCCAGAUUUCCAAUUCGUACUUGGUGGCUGCUUCUUCGUGGCGCAUGUUCUAUUGGUUCUUUGCAGUGACACUAGGUCUGUCCACACUUCUCGUUGUCUUCUUGGCUCCUGAGACGAAAUUUCAGCGUUCACCAACUUUGUUGAACGGCCAGGUCAUCUACACGGACGAGUUUGGUACCACACGUAUCGUGACUGAUCCUAUUGCUAUUGCCCAGUACGGUGAGCUCGAGCGAAUUGAGACUCGUAAAAUAGUGAAGAAAUCUUUCGUGCAAGAGCUGAAACCGUGGAGCGAUGUCACGCCGAAUGGCUUCUCAGUGUGGUUGAACGCCUAUAUCAAAAUAGGCAAGGCAGCCACAGCACCUGGCAUUAUCUAUUCGCUGCUGGUGUCUUCUAUCUCCCUCGGCGUGGCCAUUGGUAUCACACUUGUGUACAGCUCUGUUCUGGAGCAGGAUUACGGCUGGAAUGCCAAAUCCGUUGGACUUUUCAAUGCGGGUGUGAUGCCUGCUUGUUUUGCGUCAAUGCUUUACUCAGGAUACUGUGCCGAUAAAAUUAACAUAUGGCUUGCUCGCCGCAACGGUGGUGUUCAUAAGCCAGAGCAUCAUCUGGUCCAUCUCAUCAUCCCAACACUGACUGGCAUCAUUGGAAUUGUCGCUAUCGCAAUUGGCGCACAGUGGCCCGAGAGGUAUAGUGCAUGGGGAAUGGUAAUUGGCUGGGCCAUCUAUGAAUUCUCAUUCACCUGCAUCCUCAUCACAACGACCACCUUCGCCGCUGAGGUCAUUCCCGAAAAUCCUGGUGCGGGAGUCGUGGUUGUGGUUGGUGGAAAGAAUCUGGUGAGCUUCGGAGCCGCCUAUGGCAUCGUGCCAAUGACGCAUGUAUUCUCCUACAUAAAGACUUUUAUGAUACUUAUGGGGAUUUUCAUUAGCAUCUGUCUCCUUGGAAUCCCCGUAUACUUCCUCAAUAGUAAGUGGAGGAAGAUUACAGGCAAGGAGCCUGGCUACAAAACGAGCUACUAA